ACUCUCCUGCCUCGAAGCUGCGAUGGCGGGGUAAUACUGAUAACCAAUAGAAGGACCAAGCCUAUAGGUCGAUAAGCUUACCUACCUAGGUAGCUUAUGCUACCCGUGUACGGAAUAUCAAUCUAUCGAUAAACAGAUAUGUAUCGGCCCUGGAAUUAUCCGCCAGAUUUUCAAUUGAUUGAGACCCACAUCUUUUUUUCGGUUCCAUUGAAAGAAUGAUUUGGGGAUAGCUUCACUUGUUCACACAUUGACCGUUUUUAAGAUCCUCGCCGUCAUAAUUCUCACCAGCGCAGAGACGGGCUAGCCAAUCCACCGAGGCACCGUAGAAAUCUGCAUCCAUCUCAUCUCAUUUUCCCUGUCAAGUCCGAACCGAGAGCCCGGCAGGGCACUGCAACCGCACACAAUCUCCAAGAUGGGUAUCGUAAAUAUAGUCAACAUGUGCUCGCACCUACAAAAUGCGUCGCGAGCCCGCCUAGGCCUAACCUCUGUCCCGCACACAAAAUAUAACCUCGCCCUAGCCAUAGCCUUACAUCGAAAUGGCUAUCUCUCCUUCGUCACGCGCGGCGGCCGUCACCCCCCCGAUCCCGCUACUAUCACGACCUACGAGCCCGAGCCCUUGACAACCGCCAACGUCGCCCGCCAGCGCCUGUGGGUCGGCCUCAAGUACAACGCUACUGCGGGAGGCGAGCCCGUCAUGGGCUCUAUUAGCCCUAUAACUACGCCUAAGAGGCCCGUCACCGCUAAGCUGCCUCAGCUAGAGCGCCUUGCGCGGGGUUUCGAUGCGCAUCCCCAUCGGGCCUUGAAUCUCGGCGAAUCUAUUAUCCUGACUACGAGUCUGGGAACCCUCGACGUCCGUGAGGCUGUCGAGCGCAAGGUUGGAGGUUUGCUGCUUUGCCGGGUAGGCCCGUGAUCUACCGUCUCGUUUGAUCCGUUCAGACGCUCCUAGGUUGUCUGCUUAAAGUUAGUAGAAGUAGCAUAGGUGCCGUUUGCGCAUUCUGGCUGGGGACGUUGGUACAAAGUACUAAGAACGAGAUGAAUCGACAGAACGAGUCUUGUUAAGGGAUAGGGCGAGAGGAUGAGGCUAUGAGCCGGCACCUCAUCUUGUGACUUGUGUGGUGUCUCGUCUCGUACGCCAUACGCGUGGCCUCGGGUUCCAGAGAUGUACGAUGGCCAACGUUCUAUAGACGAAAUACAAAACGGACAAGCGGACAAGCAGACAGGGGGUAGUAGAAAGGCUUCAUGUAUAUAAAGCAAAGAGGAAAAGGCAUCAGCUGCUUACCUGUGUACUUGAUUGUACUAUAUCUAUUCGCAUAUCAUAAAAAUAUCCGAUGACACAUCUCCAUACGUUUACGUGUAGGGGCAGAAGACUCUAA